AGGCAGCGUCAGAGCUUCGGAGCUGCUGAACAGAAACUCAUUUGAGAUUUUUCGGAGCUCCGUCCGUCGUCGUCUUCCAUCAGAUUGCCCCCCCUCUGCUGGCUCAGCAGCGCCCCCUGCAGAUAUGAACAGCACUCCAAAGAAGUGGGUGCUGAAGCCUCAUUCCCCACUGCUGCAACCUUCAGACCUGCGCACCAUUGCUGGUCCUACCCCUGACCUGGACGACCAGGAUUCUGACUCUUCAGUUUUGGUCUUGCAGCAGAGUGACGGGUCCUUAAACGAACUGGUCCAGGCCCGGCAGAUCGUUGUGUCACAUGAUGGGAACUCCAGUAGUGAUGAGUGGCAGCCCAGCAGCCCGAGCAGCAGCUCUGGCUCUCACUGUGGCUUCUACUCAUUUGUGGAGGAUGCCAAAAGUCCUGAAGCCCAGCAGAACCAAGCCUGGAUGGUGUCACCACAGCGGCAGACCCAAAUGGCCAUCCUGAAAGAGGAGAAGGAAUUCAAACUACAGACCUACAACAACAGCAGGAAGCCAGAGAGUCUGUUUUCAGUGAGUAAUGAAGACUCGGAGUACAAGAUGCAUUCAUAUAAUGGCAUCAGAGUGGAUGAGGAAGAGGAGAAACACCUUCGCAUGGAGAUCAUUCGUAGCCAAGCUCCCAAGAAGAACCAAAUAGAACCACCAAAACCAGUGGAGACUCCAGAUCCAGUCUUGGCUACAGAUAGACUGAUAGAAGGUUUCAGUUUGAGCUUCAAUCCUGACAGUUUAGGACCAAACUCUCCUCACCUUGUAGAUCCUGAAACCAUCGAUAAGGAGCAGAUCAACUUCAGCACUGCCAGACAGAAAUUUAUGCAGAUGGAACAAGAGCAACUGGAAGAAAUCCUCAGCCCAGUCAAGUCCUCCAGAAGACAACUGGACGUGAUUCCUGAUGUGUUUGUGUCGAGAAAAUUGAAUAUUUCUGGUUCUACAGAAACGAGUGAUGAUCCAACUCUGAUUAAAGCAGCAGAGGAAGAUGAGACAAGUUCUGAGAGGAACGUACCAGUGUUUGAGAGUCUUAGUAGACCGAGUGGUGGGUUUGAUGAUCUGGACUUUGGCCUUGAAGAACCUCUUGUGGAGGUGGCCAGCAGCUAUCCCAGUGAUGACGGCAUGUCUAGCAACACUCAGCAAGACAACUGGACAAGCAAACCCACAGUGCGCCAUGAAACCCCCAUUGAAAGAGAGAUCCGGUUAGCUCAGGAACGUGAGGAGGAUCUGCGACGUUCUAGAGGGCUGACGCACAGUUGUGCUCAAAGAGAGAUGGUCCAGAUCAGAACCAGGCGCUCACAGCUGUCUCUGGCACCUGACAGAAUCCACGAGAAGAACACAGUGGGGUUCAUCCUCCACAGUAAGAGUCAAAGGGAGGACCAGAGGAAAGUGUCACCUCAGCAACAAGACAAAUUUCUUGAACAAGACACUCAAGACCUUCCAUUAGACCUGGAGGACAUCAGGACAAAGGCUGAACCACAAAAUGAGAACAAGAGCACAGGAGAAAUGCUAGAGUCUGGGUCUGAAACAGAUGAAGUCUUCCUUCCUCCAUGCUGUCCUCACCGACAUCCUGAAGAAGCCUGGUCCUACCAAACCUCCCCCUUCAUUACAAGAGACUCUGAAGUCCAGGACACAAGACGUUUCCACCAGGAUCAAACCGCUUUGUUUUCUUCUUUUUCAAAUUCCCCAACACCAACAACUCUCAGUGAAACGGCUCCUCAGUCCUGGAGGGAGAACCUGGAGACCACUGGCCUGCAGUCCAGAGGACAAGGAGCUCCAGAUUUCAUUGAGAAAGAGAUUGAAGAGGAUCUGAGACGGGAACAAGAGCUAAGGGAGUUGAGAGAAUCCAUAAAAGAAAACAGCCAACCACCCUUCUCUCCAGCUCCUCUGGUGGAACAGGCAUCCAACAUGGCUGUCAGGCAGUUCUACCCUCCAAUAAAUACAGAAAAAGCUGUCAGUGUGUCCUCUACUCCUCCUGGAGUCCAUCUGCCUUCCGUCUCCUUCGUCACUGCUAAGCCCUGGGCCUCGACACCCCCUCCUGCCUUCUACUCUUCGGAGGGGGACCGGAUGGUUUCUUUGGUUCCUCGAAGUCUGACAGAGUCUCUACUGAAGGACUUUGAAGAGCAUAAAGCCAAACUGAAGCUAGAUGAAAGCUCUUAUGCAGGAAUCCAGCUGUUUGAUGACAUCAACAAUGAGGUUGUGGAGUCGACCCGAGUCGUUCGUCACAAGAACCAGCGAGCUCUGCGCUGGGAGGCUGGCCUGUUUGCCAACCAUUAGAACUGGAGACCAGCAGGACCAGGACCAGAUAUGGCUUCAGAACUUAAAGGGACCUGGCAGAGAGGUCCAUCCUGAGGAGAGUCCAUUCAGCAGCAGGACAGUGUCCAUCAUCAGCCCAGAUCAGGGACACAUGGACACAUGAGCCAUGACCCUGAUCUGAAGACCCAGUCAGCUCUCGGCUGCAGGAAUGAUGCUCAGAGACGAUCCAGCCACGUGCUUUUAUUUUGAUACAGAGUGACAGGAAGCUUUUACCCCAGACUUUUAAUUUUGUCAGUUUUAGUAGUUUUUUUUUUCUAGACAGACUUGUAGCGUUCUAAGAUAGUUAAUUUAAAAGUAUAAAUUACUGACUCAAAUAGUUUUGAUAAAAAUGAAUGAAUGCUUAUUAAACUUACCCAAACGAGUUUACAGUUGUUUAUGAUGUAAAUCUGUGCAUAGUCUUCCAUUAGGGAGAAUAAUUUUCAUUUUUUGUUUUCAAAUGAAAAUACUAAGAUCAGUUUGUUUUCUGUAUACAGCACAUUUAAUAACAGCUGAUGUACACAACAAUAAAUUGUAAGAAGAUGUUGCCAAACACAAAAGACAACAAAGAUAAUAUGUUGGGAAUCACCUUAAAUUA